AUGGAAAGAGUCAACAGCACGUUGACUGAGUUCAUUCUGACAGGAAUUCCCUACCCACCCCCGCUAAAGAUGUUUCUCUUUGCGUUCUUUUUGCUAAUCUACAUCCUGACUCAUCUGGGAAAACUGCUCAUUCUAAUCACUGUGUGGGUACCCACUGUGGGGUAGCUCCACCCCCAUCCCAUGUACACCUUUCUUGGUGUUCCCUCCAUCAUCGACAUGGGCAUCUCCUUCCUCAUGAUCCCUCAUCUCAUGAUGAACUUCACUUUAGGCAUCAAACCCAUCCCAUUUGGUGGCUGUGUGGCUCAACUCUAUUUCUAUCACUUUUUGGGCAGCACCCAGUGCUUCCUCUACACCCUGAUGGCCUACGGUAGGUAGCUGGCACUAUGCGCCCCCCUGCAGUACCCCAUUCUCACGAAUGCUAAGCUGAGUACUUUGCUUGUGGCUGGAGCUUGGGUGGCAGGAUCCGGCCAUGGGGCUCUCCAGGCCAUCCUAACCUUCCGUCUGCCUUGCUGGGGGCCCAACCAGGUAGAUUACUUCUUCUGUGACAUCCCUGUAGUUUUGAGACUGGCCUGUGCUGAUACAACAGUCAAUGAGCUUCUGACCUUUGUGGACACUGGGGUAGUGGCUGCCAGUUGCUUCUUCCUGAUCCUCCUCUCCCAUAUACAGAUCAUUCAGGCCAUCCUGAGAAUCCGUACAGCUGAAGGGCAGCACUGGGCCUUUUCAACCUGUGGAGCCCAUGUAACCGGGAUAACCGUGUACUAUGUGCCCUGUGCCUUCAUCUACCUGAGGCCUGAAACCAACAGCCCCCUGGAUGGGGCAGCUGCCCUAUUCCCCACAGACAUCACUCCUUUCCUCAACCUCCUCAUCUAUACUCUGCGGAACAGAGAGGUGAAGCUGGCCCUGAAAAGAAUGAUAGGAGGCCCAGGGACUAAGAGUGAGGUUUGA